AUGGUGGCAGCUUGUGAAUUUAAAAGCAAUAUGUAAGACAUUUUAGCACAUCUUAGAAAAAUAGCCUGCAAAUGGAUAUGUCAAAAGAGAAGAAGUGUUUGCUUUAAAUUUGCUGUAAACAUUAAGUAGAUUAUAUGUGGAUUAGAAGAGUAGAUUUAGUCUAAUGAAUAUUAGAUUAGUUCUGCUGAGUAGGACCCCUUUGUUAGUCAAGAUCAUUUCUCCAAGUUUUAGUAAAUUGUUAAGAAUCAGUAAGUAAGACAGGACUGACAAGAGAUAGAAUUCUUGAGAUGUGAUUAUAUGGUUUAUUAGAUGUACUAAAUGUUAGGUUAAAGCACAGAAAACAUUAAAAUGAUAAAACAAGUACUAAAUAAAUAUUUGUAUUAACAGACAUUUUUGAUUAUGUAAUAGAAUGACUUAUAUAUUUUAAAUAGAUGCAAUCUUUUACUCUAUUAAAGUUUGAAACCCUUAAUGCAGUGUACUAAAGUAGCAAAUAAUAAUUCUUAUAGGUACUUAAAAUUUAUUAAAACAAAGUAGAAGAGUAGAUUGUCAUCAUACUUAACUGAGGAAGCACUAAUAUAAGGACUGCAUUCUACACUACUUAACUAUAUAUUCAGACCUGUGUCGGUUAUAAAACAUAAAAAUAAAUAAAGAUUCUUCUCAUGCUGUGACAUAGAUUGCUAGAGGUUAGAACAAGAAACUAAAAAAUAGCUAACAGUCUCUAAUGUAUUAAAGAUAAAAUUGUUGAAGCACUUUCUUAAAGAAUACAAAAUGCUGAAACUAAAUAUUGUUGGAUCAGAAAUCCAAGAAAGAUAACCAAUUAAUACUGACUAAGUUUUCCAGUGUCUUGCAUUUACAAAAAACAGGACUAGAAUUAGAGAAAAAUUUGCAAACAAAAUAAUGGCCAAAUAAUCAAGACUCUCUAUUAUAAUAUGA